AUGAACAUGAAUAACUGCGGUUGUACUCUUUCGGCACUCCAGGUGCUCAUGCGUAUCGAACAGCUUGGGGGCACGACAGUGGCUUUUGAUACAUCACUCGAAGUCAUGGAAAUGGCCGAGGAGCGAUGUUUGGUAGUGCUCCAUUGUGCCGAGUGUAGGCAGCGGCGGUUCCCCCUAGCCAGCAUCACUGUCAUCGGUGCAGCUAUUAUCGAGUGGGUGGGCAAACUCUGGAUUCAAGAAGACGUCAGCUCGACUAGCAGCUGCGGCACAUUCUCCCUUGGCAAUUACGAACUCGACCCUGUAGAUGCCGAGACGUUAUGCUACGAGCUAAUGAGCAUGAAACUAUCACGCUUUUCGGAAAUAAUGCGUCUGCUGCAAGCUGCUCUCGGGACAAUG